GCGCGCGCAGCCUGGGCGGGAAGUAGUUCCGGCGGCCGCCAUCUUGUGGUGAGGAGCAGCGGCGGCGCCGAAGUGAGUGCGGGGACCGAGUGACCGACAGACAGACAGAGACGGAGUGUGGCCUCGGGCCGCCCGACCCCGGCCGCCGGACAGCGCAGCGGAGCCGCCGCCGCCCAAGCCCGGCACGUCCCGCCCGCCGCGGCUCAGGCCGCUCAACACACGCACACACAAACGCACACACUGAGCAGCAGACGCCCGCUUUCAACACAUCAACCCCGAGCCUGAGCGGGAGGCGCCGGCCCGCGGGAUGGCGAUGAAGCGGAUUAACAAGGAGCUUCUAGACUUGGCUCGUGAUCCGCCAGCACAGUGUUCUGCAGGUCCAGUUGGAGAUGAUUUAUUUCACUGGCAAGCAACAAUCAUGGGACCUAAUGACAGUCCGUAUCAGGGUGGAGUCUUUUUCUUGACAAUUCAUUUUCCUACGGACUAUCCUUUUAAACCACCUAAGGUUGCAUUUACAACAAGAAUUUAUCACCCAAAUAUUAACAGUAACGGCAGCAUCUGCCUUGAUAUUCUCCGGUCGCAAUGGUCCCCUGCGUUAACUAUUUCUAAAGUUCUAUUGUCCAUUUGUUCACUGUUAUGUGACCCAAACCCUGAUGACCCACUAGUGCCAGAGAUUGCACGUAUCUACAAAACAGAUAGAGAAAAGUACAACAGAUUAGCACGGGAAUGGACUCAGAAAUAUGCAAUGUGAUACCUGAUACAUUGGAGUUCAAAUAUCUUGCAUCAUAGCUGGAAUAAACUUUUAAAUGACUGAUUUAUGAUUUUCCUAUUUGGCUGCCCCCUUGUAAGAUCACAUCUUUCAUGCCCCUCGUUCCACCUCCUAACCCUCCUGGCCCUCUCCUUGCCCUUCCUGCUCCACCCCAUUCACAUGCUCUUGUGAGAAGGCAGUUUAGUACUUUGUGCUUGGAACGACCACUCUGGACUUCUAAUGUAGUUUCAUCAAUCAUCUGAAAUUUUGACCUCCUUUAUAUAUGGAGCAUGUGGUAAGUGGCCAAUACCUUCAUAAUAACUUGGUUAUGAGUUUUAAAACAUUCUCAUUGAAAUAACAGUCCUGAUUUAUAUGUGAAAUUAAAUGAGUCAUCUUCAUUAUUAAGGGAUUGCUGCAUUAAUGGGACAGCAUCUUUCAUUUUCCCCAAAUAAAAUGGUAUUUGAGUCUAUUUACUUCAUGCUCAUAACUUUGUUAUGGAUGCUGGAUUGGUUCAGAAUGUUAUAACGUCGGCAUUAAUUAAAAUAUAUGCUGUAUUUUAUGCAUGUUAAUAAAAGGAAUGACUUAAGGUUUUUGUUGGUUUUACGCAGAAUAGAAAUGGAAGUUACUGUCUCUUAAUCUUCCUCCUCAAGCGAACAAACAAAUCAUUUUGUAAAUUUCAUUUACAGUACUGCUUUUUAAAAAAAAUAAAUACAACUAUCAGUUGAUCUGUUUUCCACAACACUUUUACAUGGCACUGAGUUACGGUUUUCAUCUUUCGGUAGACUGAUCAACUCAUAGCUUGUAUUCAUUGGGUUUUUCUUUUAAUAAAGUUGCAUAAAUCAUUGUUUGAGCAGCCUGGAUGAAUGGGGUACAACCUUUUAAGGUACAGCUAUGAUAAAGUGAUAAUAUCUUUAGUUGAUAGCUUUUAAGGUUACUUAUGAAAACUGGGUGUGACCUUGAACGGCUUGUCAUGGUGCAUUGGAACAGUUUUGCCAAACAAUGCAAGCCAGUCAUUUUUAAAUGCUCUCUCUUGGUUCUUGGAGUAUCCUAUUAUACAUUGUGUUCAUGCCUACAUAGGGCUACAAUAAUUAUUUUUUUAGUUGAAAAUUUAAAGAAAAAUGUAGUUCCAGAAAUUGUCAUCUGUAAGCAUAGUUUGGAUUCGGGUGUAGAUUGAACAACAUGUAACAUGCAGUCUUCUGCUGCUAUAUUUUAUAUACUUGCUCAAAGCUAUAUUAUGGGAUUGUUGAUGAUGUUUACAGUUAGUCUUGUUGAGAGACUGGCUCUUUAUUAUUAAAUAAUGAUUUGAUUAUUGGAAGCCAGAAACUGUAACUUGAAAUGAAUCUGUUCCCAUCUUCAACAGUCGCUCACUUUCUCCACAUUUGUGUUUACAAUCUCAAAGAAUCUGUGAUUUAAUUUGUCUACAAGGAAGAAGGAAGAUAAUUAUGAAAAUCAGUACGUGCUUCAAUUUUAAAUCUUUUUGGUGUGUAGAUAUUAUUGGCAUAAGAAUUUGGAACAUGAUUUUUAUAUAAACUGUAAAUCUCAAGGCAGUAAUUAAAAUGUUACUAUAAUAAA